ACGCGCAUAACCGACAUGUGACGUCACAGUGGAGCUCGGCUUCCUGCAGCAAAAUCUGAGCGGCCCGCGCAGCUUGUCUGUCCCGCAACAUGUUGAGAGCAGCCGCCCGCCUCUCUCUCUCCGGCCUUCGCAGUCCGGCCCCAACAAAACCCAGGUGUCAAGCUCUGUUGGCGUCAAGGUGCUAUUCUCAUGGGAAACAAGAGACCGAAGAGGAGUUUGACGCCCGCUGGGUCGCCUACUUCAACAAGCGAGACAUUGACGCAUGGGAGCUGAGAAAAGGGAUGAACACACUGAUUUGUUACGAUCUGGUACCUGAGCCCAAGAUUCUCGAGGCAGCACUGCGAGCUUGUCGGAGGUUAAACGACUUGGCCCCUGCCAUCCGAAUUCUGGAAGCUGUGAAGGAAAAAGCUGGGCCACACAAAGAGAUCUACCCAUAUCUCAUUCAAGAACUGAGGCCAACUUUAGACGAACUGGGAAUCUCCACACCUGAAGAGCUUGGAAUUGACAAGUUAUAAAUGCCAUGGUGGUGCUUGUCCUCAGAUUACACAAUCGUUGUCCCUACAUGUUUGCCUCAUAUGUCUAUUUAAUUUGACCUUUAUUACGUUAUUUUGCUUGUAAAAUAUUAAUGAACCUAAUAAAGGAAAAUUUACCUGUAA